AUGCAGUUCACCACCUCCAUCCUCGCUCUUGCUGGCGUCUUCGCCAUGACUGCCUCAGCAGCUCCCGCCGCCUCUCUCAACCCCGAGAUCAUUGCCCGUGCCAACUCCAAGCUCAACCAGUACACCAAUGCUGAUUGCUUGGACAACCAGGGCAACAACGUCCCAUCCUACCACGCCUCUCCCCCAGCUCGCAAGUGUUACAACAUUGACAGCACCACCGUAUCUUUCUACUUCGGUCUUGGGCCUCUCUCUCAGACUUGGGCGUAUGCCGAGGCUGGCUGCGGUGGUCUGUCGGUGAACUUGGGUGGUAACGGCGGUUGCCAGGCUGUCGAGGCCAACUUCAGCGAUAGGUUCGGCACUAUCCGCUCCGUCAUGAUGGACUAG